UCAUAACUCAUACUUUAAUGAUAUUAUAUUAUCCAAUCCUACCUCCCUCUCUCUAUUUAUAAUAAUAAUAAUAAUAAUAAUAAUAAUAAUAAUAAUAAUAAUAAUAAUAAUAACCAUAUAAUUUCAAUAAAGAUUACUUUAAUUUUAAUUGUGUUGUGUUUGUAUUGUGGCAUGAAUGAAUCUGACAUGAUAUUAUUAAAUGUUGCAACAAACAACAAUAAUAAUAAUAAUAGUGGUGAGUGGUGAGUGCAUGAGACUGAGAGUGGUUGUGUAAUUAAGUUAAAAAAAAAAAAGAGUUGGGUGAAAAUCAAGACUGAACAAUUACAACACCUCAUCUAUUGUUCUCUUGUUCUCUUGCUGUGCUGUUGUGUUGAGUUUUCUGACUUUAUACUAAUUUGACAAGUUUUCCAAAUAAGUAACUGCCUUUAUAGCCACACACACACACACACCUAUUUUCUUCUUUCUUCCUUUUCAAUUUCAUUGCUUCCUUCUGAUGAUAAUUAAGAGAGAAAGUUUCUGGCUUUGGUCUUCCUUCCUUUCUGACUUACUUAAAUGUUAAUUAAAUGAGAUGAGAUAAUCCCAUUUACCAUAGCUUACCAAUUUCAAUUUGUGGGGUUUUCUCUUUCUGAUUCUUUUCCUAUUCCAUCUAUUUUCUUUCCUUAAACAUUCCUUUCCUCCUAUUUAUUUCUUUAUUUACAUAUACAUAAUCUUCUUAGUUUUUCUUCUUCUCACUUAAUUAACAAUGGCUUCCCCUGAUAUUUACUCAGCCUGGCCAAUACCACCUCCUUCAACAUCAUCCUCAUCCUCAUCCACUGCUUAUUCCUUAGACUUGGAAAUUCGUUUAGACGAAUCACAGCAAACUUCACCAUCUACUUCCACACCCACCUCCUAUAAUUCCACCAUUCCUCCUCCUCCUCCUCCUCCUCCUCUUCCUUCUCCUAAAAACAACAACAACAAGUACUACUCAUGUUGCUCUGUCCCAAAAGAAACAUUGGAAACAUGGGACAAAGUGUUCAAGGAAGGACACGGUGCAGAUGUGUAUGUUAUCAGUACCCAUGGCCAGGACCAAGCUCCCUCCUCCUCCCCCUCCUAUGUUCUAGCUCAUUCCUUUAUUCUGGGUGCUGCAUCACCAGUAUUGGCAGAUUUAUUAGAGCAAGCAAAAAUUAAGAAUGGUAUGAGAUACAUUAACAUUCCUGGGGUACCCUACAAUGCCCUCCAUAUCUUUAUACGUUUUCUUUACUCAUCCUGCUAUGAAAAGGAGGAAUUGAACAAGUUUGUUCUGCACCUGUUACUUCUAUCACACUCCUACUCAGUUUCAUCAUUGAAAAGGAUUUGUGUAGAGUUGAUUGAGGAGGGUUGGUUGACCAACGAAAACGUGGUGGAUGUGCUGCAGUUGGCAAGGAACUGCGAUGCACCUCGCCUCUCCUUGGUUUGUAUCCGUUGGAUUGUCAAACAUUUCAAGGCCAUUUCUUCAACACAAGGUUGGAAAGUUAUGAAGAGCGUUAAUCCUGCUCUUGAACAGGAAUUACUAGAAGCAGUAGUAGAAGCAGAUACUACAAAAGAAGAGAGAUUAAAGAGAAUGGAAGAGAAGAAAGUGUACUUACAACUGCAUGAGGCAAUGGAAGCCAUAGUUCACAUAUGCAGAGAUGGUUGCAGAACAAUAGGGCCACGCGACAAAGUCCUUAAAGGGAGCCAAGUUGCUUGUGGUUUCCCUGCUUGCAAAGGCCUCGAAACCUUAGUCCGCCAUUUCUCCAUUUGCAAAACUCGUGUCCCAGGUGGUUGUCUACACUGCAAGCGCAUGUGGCAGCUUCUUGACCUGCAUUCUCGUUUGUGUAACGACCCUCUUACAUGCAAAGUCCCACUUUGCAGCCAUUUCAAGGAGAAAGUUGUGCAUCAGUGCAAGAAGGACGAAGCCAAGUGGAAAGUGUUGGUAAGCAAAGUAAUAGCUGCAAAGAAUGCAAGGGGACCAUUCCCAGCUCACCGCUCCAGCUUCACAUGACACUUUAUAUGCCCUUCAUUACUCUCCUCUCUACCAGUCUCCCUAUACAUACACACAUGUAUAUAAUGUAAAUAUUCAAA